AUUCAAACACAGCUCUGGGUUAUUCGGAUAGAGUGAACCGGGUCCGCGAAUCCUUCGGCUCCCACUUUCUCCGCCUGGUUACGGGUGCCGUAAACUGCAAACAAUGACCCUGUCUUAAGACUGCAGACAUAUUGUAGUGGAACUAAGGGGAACUGAGCUUACUGGUGAACUACACUCUGCUCAGCUUUAAACCAAAAGUAAAAGGAGACACUACAAUUUUCAUUCUUCCUGAGUUGCCUCCUUCCUGAAGAGCAAUGGAGAUAGGUGGAAGAGGAUUAAUCAUAUCUCUAAUUUGUUUCCUGUUCAAAUUCUCCACAGCCAUUGAAAUACCACUUUCAGUUCAGCAGGUUCCAACCAUCAUAAAACAGUCAAAAGUGCAAGUUGCCUUUCCCUUUGAUGAAUAUUUUCAGAUUGAGUGUGAAGCUAAAGGAAAUCCAGAACCAACAUUUAUGUGGACUAAGGAUGACAAGACUUUUGAUCUCUCUGACUCUCGGAUAAUUGUGUCUAACAACUCAGGAACAUUUAAGAUCCCAAAUGAGGGGCACAUAUCUCAUUUUCAAGGGAAAUACCGCUGCUUUGCUUCUAAUAAACUGGGGGUUGCUAUGUCAGAAGAAAUAGAAUUUAUAGUACCAAAUGUUCCAAAAUUCCCAAAAGAAAAAAUUGACCCUCUUGAAGUGGAGGAGGGAGAUCCAAUCGUCCUCCCAUGCAACCCUCCCAAAGGCCUUCCACCUUUACACAUUUACUGGAUGAAUAUUGAGUUAGAACACAUUGAACAAGAUGAAAGAGUAUACAUGAGUCAAAAGGGAGAUCUGUACUUUGCAAAUGUGGAAGAAAAAGACAGUCGAAAUGAUUACUGUUGCUUUGCUGCAUUCCCAAGAUUGAGGACUAUUGUGCAGAAAAUGCCAAUGAAACUAACAGUUAACAGUUUAAGGCAUGCUAAUGACUCAAGUUCAUCCACAGAAAUUGGUUCCAAGGCAAAUUCGAUCAAGCAAAGAAAACCCAGAUUGCUGUUGCCUCCUACUGAAAGUGGCAGUGCGUCCUCAGUUACCAUCCUCAAAGGGGACACCCUGCUGCUUGAGUGUUUUGCUGAAGGCCUACCAACUCCACAGGUUGAUUGGAACAAAAUAGGUGGUGAUCUACCCAAAGGAAGAGAAACAAAAGAAAAUUAUGGCAAGACUUUGAAGAUAGAGAACGUUUCCUACCGGGACAGAGGGAAUUAUCGCUGCACAGCCAACAAUUUCUUAGGAUCAACCUCUCAUGAUUUUCAUGUUGUAGUAGAAGAGCCUCCUCGCUGGACAAAGAAACCUCAGAGUGGUGUGUAUAGCACCGGGAGCAGUGGUAUCUUGUUAUGUGAGGCAGAAGGAGAGCCUGAGCCCACACUCAAGUGGAGAGUCAAUGGCUCCCCGAUUGACAAAAAUCCAUUUGCUGGUGAUGUUGUCUCCCCCACGGAAAUCAGUUUUACCAACCUACAACCAAAUCAUACUGCUGUGUACCAGUGCGAAGCCUCAAAUGUCCAUGGAACUAUCCUUGCCAAUGCCAAUAUUGAUGUUGUAGAUGUUCGUCCACUGAUACAAACUGAAGAUGAAGAAAACUAUGCUACGGUGGUUGGGUAUAGUGCUUUCUUACACUGCGAGUACUUUGCUUCACCCGAGGCCAUAGUGUCCUGGCAGAAGGUGGAUGAAGCGAAACCCCUUGAAGGUAGACGGUACCAUAUCCAUGAAAAUGGCACAUUGCAGAUCAACAAAACCACAGAAGACGAUGCUGGCUCAUACUCUUGUUGGGUGGAAAAUGCUAAAGGAAAAACUGCUGUGACAGCCAAUUUGGAUAUUAGAAAUGCUACAAAACUUCAAGUUUCUCCUAAGAAUCCUCGUGUCCCCAAAUUGCAUACACUUGAAUUACAUUGUGAGAGCAAAUGUGACCCAUAUUUAAAACAUAGUUUGAAGUUGUCCUGGAGUAAAAAUGGAGAAGGCUUUGAAAUUAAUGCCACAGAGGAUGGCAGGAUAACUAUCGAUGGACCUAAUUUGACCAUAUCUAAUGUCACCUCAGAGGACCAAGGUAUUUACUCUUGUUCAGCUCAAACUGCCCUGGACAGUGUUGCUGAUGUAACUCAUGUAACCAUUCUCGAUGUUCCGGAUCCACCAGAAAACCUACACUUGUCUGAAAGACAGAACAGGAGUGUUCGGCUGACAUGGGACGCUGGAAAUGAUCACAAUAGCCGUAUUAGUGAAUACAUUGUUGAAUUUGAAGGAAACAAGGAAGAACCUGGAAGAUGGGAGGAACUGACUAGAGUCCAAGGAAAAGAAACAACAGUCAUAUUAUCUUUGGCUCCAUAUGUGAGAUAUCAGUUCAGGGUCAUAGCCGUGAAUGAAGUAGGGAGAAGCCAACCUAGCCAGCCAUCAGAUCAUCAUGAAACACCUCCAGCAGCUCCAGACAAGAAUCCACAAAACAUAAGGGUUCAAGCCUCUCAACCCAAGGAAAUGAUUAUAAAAUGGGAGCCUUUGAAAUCCAUGGAGCAGAAUGGACCAGGACUAGAGUACAGAGUGACAUGGAAGCCACAGGGAGCCCCCGUGGAGUGGGAAGAAGAGACGGUCACAAACCACACCUUGCGCGUGAUGACGCCUACUGUCUACGCUCCUUAUGAUGUCCAGGUCCAAGCCGUCAAUCACCUUGGCUCUGGCCCUGAGCCUCAGUCAGUGAUUCUGUAUUCUGGGGAAGACUAUCCUGAUACAGCUCCAGUGAUCCAUGGUGUGGACGUUAUAAACAGCACCUUAGUUAAAGUUUCCUGGUCAACAAUUCCAAAGGACAGAGUCCAUGGACAUCUAAAAGGAUAUCAGAUAAAUUGGUGGAAAACAAAAAGUCUGUUGGAUGGAAGAACACAUCCCAAAGAAGUAAACAUUCUGAGGUUUUCAGGACAAAGAAACUAUGGAAUGGUUCCUUCUCUGGAUGCCUUUAGUGAAUUUCAUUUAACAGUCUUAGCCUAUAAUUCCAAAGGAGCUGGUCCAGAGAGUGAGCCUUAUAUAUUUCAGACACCAGAAGGAGUACCUGAACAACCAGCUUUUCUGAAGGUCAUCAAAGUUGAUAAAGACACUGCUACUUUAACCUGGGGACUACCUAAGAAACUGAAUGGAAACUUAACCGGCUAUCUAUUACAGUAUCAGAUAAUAAAUGACACCUAUGAACUUGGAGAACUAAAUGAUAUCAACAUUACCACUCCAUCAAAGCCCAGCUGGCGUCUCUCAAACCUCAAUUCGACUACCAAGUACAAAUUCUACUUGAGGGCUUGCACUUCAAAGGGCUGUGGAAAACCAAUCACAGAGGAAGGCUCCACAUUAGGAGAAGGGAAAUAUGCUGGUUUAUAUGAUGACAUCUCCACUCAAGGCUGGUUUAUUGGAUUGAUGUGUGCGAUUGCUCUUCUCACACUAAUCCUGUUAACUGUUUGCUUUGUGAAGAGGAACAGAGGUGGAAAGUAUUCAGUGAAAGAAAAGGAAGAUCUGCAUCCAGAUCCAGAAGUUCAGUCAGUAAAAGAUGAAACCUUUGGUGAAUACAGCGACAGUGAUGAAAAACCUCUCAAAGGAAGCCUUCGAUCGCUUAACAGGGAUAUGCAGGCCACAGAAAGUGCUGACAGCUUAGUCCAGUAUGGAGAAGGAGAUCACGGUCUGUUCAGUGAAGACGGAUCCUUCAUUGGCGCUUACGCUGGAUCUAAGGAGAAGGGAUCUGUUGAAAGCAAUGGCAGUUCCACAGCGACAUUUCCACUCCGGGCGUAAAUGUACCACAUGUACAAAUCAGUGGUUUCGUAUCAACUUUCCAUAUUUAUCUGUUCAAGGGAGCAAGAACUUUCACAUAGGAAUAGAAACGUAUUGGCUUAAGAUUUCAUCCAGAAUUUGAGCAUCUUGCAGUCAUGUCGAGAAAAUAGCACUGCCUUGAAAAAGUAAACUACCAAGCACUCCAGGCCUGUAUUGUUUGUUUUGUUUUGUUUUGUUUUUCAGGUGCUGAAAAUUCAGAACACAAAACAAAUCCUGUACUUAGAUUCACCUCAACUGAAUCCAAAGUAUCCAUUCAGUGUACUCCAUUUUUGCCUGGUUUUACUGGUCAUUGUGUUUGCAUUGUUGUUGCUACCUUGUGGUUUUUCCUCUGUGUGCACAUUUGUAUUCAGUCUCUGAGAACUGUCUUAGUGACUUUGCUUCACGACAGGUAAAAAGAUGGGAAGCAAACCGGUUAUUUAAAAUGUAAAGAGGAAUAUGAAUGUCUUAUUAAAAUGGUUCAUUGAAUAUAUACAGUCUAAAUCUAUUAUUUAAAUUUUUUUGUAGCAGGAGUCCUAGAUAAACAAUCAAGUCGUAUUUAUUGAGCGCCUGUUUGCCCAGAGAUGGUCAUGUUUAAACAGAAUUCUAAUUUUUUCAGUUUCAACACGAAUUUUUUGGGUAUAUCACUUAUGACAUCUAGAACCAUCUUUGUUUUUUGUUCUUUUCUUGGACUAAACUCAGCUGAAAAGGAAGUGGUGGUCAGAAGGUUAUCUUAUGAAAGAACAGGCCAAGGUUUCCGGGCUGCUGGCAUCUCCUAGCUAUAUCUAUUUAAUAUCUUCAUUUCUAAAUUGACCACUUUGACCUUUUUUCUAUGUUUAUAUAAUGGUAUGCUUGCAUCUAUUUCAUGAAUGCAUUGUACAUAUUAUGUUAAUAUUUACACAAUUAAAAAUACAGAUGUGUUUUAUUUUGAAGUGAGAAAAAGAACAUUAACAGGCAUGUUUGUACAGCUAAAGUAUAUAGUAAGAUAACAUUUUGCAUCAUUCCACAGCUACAACCAACAACAUGAGGUUCCAAAACUGAAGACUUUGUAUAAAGCAUUUGGGUUUUGUUCUUAUAUUGCUUUUUCCUACAGUCUCAAAAUAAAAUAUCAUAUAAAUAUUGAGGGAAAUGUUUUCAUAUUUUUCAAAAUAAGUUUUUAUUGUUGAGUAUAUUCCUACCCCAGCCCCCAAAAGAAAAAACUGUUUACAGUAGAUAUUUCUAUAUAGAGGUUUGCUUUUCACAUUUUAAACAUCCUUAAGGUGGGAUCUCUGUUCCUCUGUCAAAGUCAGCACAAAUUCAGGGAAUUCAUUUUCUGGCAUGUGGGCCACUAGUCCUUCUAAAAUUGUACAUGGAAAUGGUUUAAAAAUAUUAUGAAGGACUGUGCAUGCGUGCCAGUAGAAUCUGGUGUUCAACUUCUCACUUUAUGGAAAUAUUUUUUAACCCUACCAUGAAAUUCUUAAUUAUGUUUAAGUGAAAGUGACUCACAGAUUUUCCUUUAUUUUUUGAACUGUAGCUAUGGCCAUACCUUGUGAAAUCUUGACUUUGAUUUAUGCAGCCCACUGUAUUUCUGGUGGACCGAAAUUAGGGAUGUUUAUAGUGGUCAGUGCAGUAAUCCACAUGGAGUACCUAAUGGUCAUUUUUUUUACCUUGUGUGUCCUCCAAAAUGCAUAGGCAGCAAAAGAAUGUCUUAGUUGAAACAAUGUGUCAUGGGCUCGGGAUUUGACCAAACUCCCAGAAGUCAGAGUUUCCAAAGGAGAGGGCGUCUUGGUCCUCCCUGUGUGUGAGGGUCCACACUUCCAUUAGUGCACCUUGAGUUUCAUCCCCAUCAGAUUUCUAAAGCAUUUUCUGGAGGAAGAAUCCUCAUGUUUUGACCUACCUGGGAGGAAUUUCUCGUACUCAGCCACUGAUAAGGCCAAGAUUGGGACUUUUGCGUUUAGUUCUGCUGUUAUUCUGGUUCCUUUUCUUUGUCAUCAGCCCAAACGGUUUUAAGAGAAUCAUGCAGGUUGGAAAUACUCUCCAGAAAGCAUUAGAAGUAGGUUUCUUUUAAAUUUGAUAAUCUUUAAAUUAGAAGUUAACACAAAUACUGAAGUGUUUGAUCUUCCUAGACCUCAGUGUUUCCCUUUAGCAGUAUGAGUAACAGGGAUGUUCCUGCUCCUAUUUUUCUCAAAGACCAAAACUUACUUACAGAUACGAAGCCUGAGAUUAUGUUAUGACUGCCUUUUGCUGUUAUUUUUUUUUAUAUGUUUUCUUAAUACCAUUUGGCUUCUACUAGGAAUCUUCAGUGCAGAAGAAUUGGUUCAUAACUAACUUUCUCUGUUAACUGUCAAUAUUAUUUUAAUGUAAUAGAUUGUAUAUAAUCUCAAGGAUUGUUGGUGGGGAUGAGUUCCUAGAGAACUGUCCAAGGGUUGGCAAAAUCCAAGUUCUCUUCCUGGUUCCAGCGCUGAUCUUGUACAUAAACCUUAGGCACGUUGCUUGACCCCUUUGCUUCAUGCUGUCUCAACUAUCAAGUGCUAAUGAUUAUCUCAGUUACCUUACCUUUGUCACAGGGUGUUCUUUUUUAUGAAGAAAAAUUUGAAAACGAUAAAAGCUAAGAUGCCUUGUAACUUCAUAAACAAACCGUUAAUCCAAUGAUGUAUCAAAAGUCACCCCACACAUACCAACUCAACUUUUUUCCUGUGAGCACAUAAAUAUAUUUUUAUAGAAAAACAAAUCUACAGGAAGUAAAAUCUACUGUUCAGUGAGCAGUAUGAUUUGCACAUGCCAUCAAAAAUUAUUAAUCAGAAAACAAGUAAGCAGGGUCUUUGCUAUACAAAAGUGUUUUUCACUAAUUUUGCAUGUGUAUUUAUAAGAAAAUGUGAAUUUGGUGGAUUAUUCUAUUGGUGUAAAGGCAUCUGAUAUUUUAGAUGUACCCAUGUUUAUAAAAGUGUAAAGCACAAUGAAAUUAUGCUGGAAGUCUCAAAUAAUAUUUUUUCCUAUUUUAUAUUCAUGGAAGAGAUGAGAUAGAGAGAGAACGAUAAUGAGAAAUGUUGGUGUGUUUUUCUAAGCAUUUAAAACAUGAUUGCCAAUUGAAACCCUAAAUAUGUUUACAUGCCAUUAAGAUAUGAUUCUUGUAACAAUUUUAAAUUGAUUAUAAAGGGACUGGGUUUGUAAUCUGUGGUAGUAUAUAUCCUAGUGUUCCCAUAGUGAAAUAAGUAGGGUUGAGCCAAAGCUUAAUUUGUUUUGUGUCUUAAAUUGUUUGAUUAUAUCAUCAAAAGAAAUGAAAGGUAUGUAGAACUGGUUUACCUGAUUACUUUUUUUUUUUUGGCUUAGAUUAAUAUUCAUAGUAGAACUUUAUUAAAAUGUGUUUGUAUCGUAGGUGGUGUUUGUAUUAUGCUUAUGAAUAUGUAUGGUUUAAAAAUAUUUUCAUUAUACAAGAAAUUCAACUUUCCAAAUAAAAGUUCGACUUCAUGUAC